GUAUCUUAUUUAAUGAUGUUUAUGCUGCAUCUAAGUUUGCGGUGGAAGGAUUCUGCGAAAGUUUAGCUAUACAAGCACUCAAGUUCAAACUGCAGUAAGUAUUGAUCCAUGGUGGAAUAUUAUAUUUUAGAUAGUUUAAAAUAUAUUAGGGCUAGCAAACACAUUAUUAAAGCCUGCUGCUAUCUAGGAGAAACAAACUGAGGAACCCAUAGAAAAUGUACAUCACAAAAGGCAUAGAAAUGUCUACAUAAGCAAAGAUUUAGAUGCUCAAAUAAACAUGUUAUCUUGGACAAUUAAAGGCUGUUUAGCUUUGGAUAAAAUACAAUUAAUAUAGCUUCUGAAAAAAUGGUCCUGCAUAAAAUAUCAUAGGAAUAAAAUUAUAAUAUCAACUUGUAAUAUUUUCCUGUAGAAAGGAUAACAGACUUCAUAGGGAAUUCACAGAUAAAAAAGUUCAGGGGCUCAUCAGACAGAGCAAGUGGAAAUCCAUCAGAAUGGAACACAGGACAAGACACUUAUAAUAACAGGAGGUAGGAGGAAAGUGAGAAGAAUGUGGUGUACUAUUUCUUAAAGUUUAAGACAGUAUUUAAGAGAAUGGUCCUGUUAAUUGCUUAUGGUACUUUGGAGUUUGAUUUGUCACACAUAUUCACAUUCAUGUCAUUCUGCUACUGUUCUUUGUGUGAAGUCCAACCAUUGUUAAAUAUCCAUUGCAUCUCUAUGUGCCUAAGCAUUUGGUCCUUGAGCUGAGGGAGAAGAGACAGCUGCUCUCAUGGGGUUUCAGAGACAAAGCAGCAACCAAACUAUGAUUUUGCAUACCACUUUAAAAAGUUUGGAGAGAUUUAAAAUAAAUAUAUUCUAAUGAUACACAGGAUAUAACAGAAUUCAUAAUAAGGUCUCAAGAGUAUAAGAUACAGCAAAAAAGGAGGUUAAAAAAAGUAAGUAAAUUGGGAAAAGUUCAAGGUCCAGUGUGAUGAGUGAUGCAAGAGAAAAGGCUUUAAUUCCAGCAGCCUCUGGAAUUCUGCUGUCAAGGUCAAUAGCUUGAUUUAGCUCUAAAGAAGGGCCUGGUCAGAACUGAAGUCUUGGAAGAGGUCCUAUCCUAAAGAAUGUUUUGAUAAACAUAGUGGUGGAGAGAAAUUACUGCCUGAGAAAAGAGCUGGGAAAAAACUGAGUAGUGAUUUGGGAAAGCUAUAACAAAGAAUCUUUUCCAGAAAGUAAUGCAUUUUGUUAAUAUCCUUUUAAUUAUUUUCCUUAAUAUUUGAUAAGUUAUCUUGUGGAUAAAUCAACCUCUAGACUCUGCAACUAUGAGACAGCAGGAAACAACUGCACUCACUUCUGCCAUGAAUUAAGUAACAGCACUUCCCUGAAAUUUAAGCUACACAUAUUUCUACUGCUACAUGUGGAUGGGUCGGAGCGUGAGAGCAGCAAUGUGGUUAAGUUUGAUUGAACCAGGCCCAGUGGUUACAGAGUUUGAAAGAAAAGUGUUUGAAGAUGGAAUGAAAAUGGAUCUUUCAGCUGCAGAUGAAGAAACAGCUGAGAUGUUUACUAAUAUUUACCUUAAAAAUUACAAACAAAUUUUUCAGAGCCUGGGACAAAGUGCUGAAGAUGUUGCAGAGCAUACAGUCAAGAUAAUUCUUGCAGAAAACCCACCUUUUCGCCAUCAGACCAACACCUUGUAUACUCCAAUGACAACUUUGAAAUAUGCAGAUCCAAACGGAGAUCUACCUAUUGAUAUAUUCUACAAAAUGGUUUUUCAUCACGACAAAAUCUUCAGUGCAAGUCUUAACUUCAUCAAAUUGCUAAGGUGGAGAAGUAGAAAGAGCUUUGACCUGGGAAAACCUUCACAAUAAGUCUGAGAUUAUACAGUGCAAAUUGGAAUUACUUGUUGUAGCUACUGAUAACACAGUAUGUUGUUAUUCAAAUGCCUUUGCUCUGUAAUUGUGAGAAGGCUUUAAAGAUAUUUGUUUGAGCUUAGCUAAGAUAUUCAGCUCAAUGCAUUUACCUUGAACUUCACAGUUUGCAGAACCUUGAAACUGAAAUCCUCUAACUAUAGGUUUAUUCUAUUUAGUGUUUGCUUAUUACAAAGAGAUGCUUUCAUAGGAGCAUGAACAUUGACUGAUAAUUGAGUAUUCAAUAUUAACCUGAUCCUCUUCACUUGUUAGAAUAUAAUACAUACUGAGAUGUGUACUGUAUGUAGAUUCUUAGUAUUAUAAUUUUUUGCUUAUUAGAAUAGUAAUUCCUCAAUCACAAUAGCAUUCUCAUUGUUAGAAAUCAGGUCUGUUUACCAGUAACAGAUGAGAAAGUCUCAUCAAUCUUAAAACAUUACAACUAGAAUAUUUAUUAUUUGUAUGUAUUCUAACAUUCUGAAUGCUUCCUUUAUAUGCAAUGGUUACUGGCAUAUUACACAUAGUGGAUAAUAAAAUGUUCCUUAAAAGCAUCUUAAAAUAACUCCUUACUGUCUGGGUAU